UGAACCCAGCAGAACAACACAUAUUGCGUCAGAGCAAUUAAAAGUCAUGCCCCUUCUUAUGACAUGUUGUGUUACAUUUGCAAUGACAUUAGACUUGAGAAUCAAACAUUUAUGAAGAUCCUUAUCACAACACAAUAUACAGUAUCAUCUCUGCACCUCGUUCCUUGUUUGAGGAUUUCCAGCAUGAUAUUCCCUUUCAUAAUUCAAAAUUGUUAUGUCGCACACAGCGUCUGUUUGGGGUUUACGGCGCUGUUGCACUUUGGGUUUGGGGGUUACCGCUUUAUGGCACAUAGGGGCCUUGGCGGAAUUUUGCUGUUCUAUGUCAGUUAGGAGUUAUGCACAAUAAAGAGCAGACGUCUGUGAAAGGGCACUUAAAACGCCCUUGUUUUUGAAGUAUUCCUAUUUAUCUUUAAAAUACAGUACAUACUGUAGCUUAGCUGAUAACAGGGGUAUGGCUAAUUGGGUUAUGGAUUCCUGGCUCAGUACUGUCCACUUUUGAAUCAGGUGGUGUUACAGUUGCACUUUUCCGGUCUGUUGGUACAACACCUCUCCAUGUGUGGGUUUGACAUGAUAGCUAGGGCUUUAAGAAUAGCUUCACAUUUUUUCAUGACUGAGAAUGACAAAGUGGGGAAGCAUUAAAAAAACAAUAUUAGACUGUUAUUCUUACUCUUAUAGAUUAAAGGUGCAGAAUCUAAAUCAAGCAAUGUUAUGAUAAAUAUAUAAACUGGUAAGCAUUUGUUUAGAAUACUGUGCACUUUUUGUUGGUCUCUCAAUCAAAAGUGAGAGAGCUGAUCUAGAAUCAGUUCACAGAAGAGCAAACAGAUUAGACAGUAUGGGCUCACACAGAUGCCCUACACUUACAAGUUGAACGAAUAGAAUCCUAUGUUUUGAUAAGAGAAGGCUACAAUGUGACCUUCUUCAAGUAUUCAAUGGCACUUUCAAAGUCAAUCCAAUGAACAUUCAGACUCAACAGUGAAAUCAGCAGGUGACCACUCUUCAGGAGGUAUGUAGAUAUAAAAUUUGCCUGCAAACAUGAAACUACAUGGCAGUUUUACUGCAUGUCAUUUUCCACAUGUUAGUUAGUUUAUCAGUCUAAAUUUUAUGAAUUCUGGAUGUGCAUUAAACAUUUGAUAAAAAUGAUUGCCAUAUGUAAAACACAUUACCAGCCUUCAGUCAACAAAGUCCACAGUUUUCUCCCUAGAACAAAUCCCAAAAACUGAUUAGGGAACUGAUUAGCCCGCUAGCGUACAUACAGUAAGCACUUUAUUCAAGUCCUUUUGCUUUCAUCUUUUCAAAAAACUGACCGAGAUCUGUCAUCUUUAUGAGUCCUGUACAAAUCUGAGUUUCAGGACUGCACUCAUUUAUGCCAAAUGGACUCCAGCAGAAUGAAAAGCACUGAUUCGCUGUGAGCGUGUAUAAUACAGGUCCAGUCCUGCCCAUGACUGUUCCACAUCACAUCAUCCUGUAUUAAGAGCUGUUCAGGCACAAUUAAGAUGCUAAAUUAAUCAUUAGCAAGUUGUGGAGAAACUACAGAGUUCGGUGUUCUAAAGUUGUUGGAAAUAAUAUAAUUUUAGCAGAACUACACAUCCCAUAAAUCCGCUGGACAACUUCCUGACGACGUCUAUGUCAGGAGUCCCUAAGCUGCCUGGUCGUGGUAACGGGAGCUGGUGGCUUCACUGGUGUCGAUCUGCUGUCACAGGCGCACUGAGAAUGAACUCUUAUGCGAUUCCUUAUUUACAGGUUUAUUUUCUAAAAAAAAUGGAAAACACCAUGGGUGGGUUUCCAGAAGCUUUCCCAGGAUGGCACAGGACACGAGGCCUGCAGCUGGUGGUGGGGAAGUAACUACCAAACUGUGACUGUGCCACCACCUUGGUUACCAGAUUCCACGAUGACCUCCCAGAAAUGGGGAAUUGUAUUUGUUUACCUAAUUGGCUAUGGAAGCUUCUCCAGUGCUGAACUUACAGAAGACACUGUGAAGCAGGUGGAAAGCUCGUUGGAUGCAGUGAAGGAAGUCAUUGAUGCAGUUAAAACAUGGGCUGAUUAUGCUCAAGAUGCACAGAAAGGUGUGGACCAAGCAGUCAAACUGCUACACGAACCCAGCUCACACAGAAAGGUUUUAAAUGAAGUGAGAAAUUCUGCAGGGAAAGCCCUUUCAAAGAUUAUGAAAUGCACUGAAGCAAUAACAAAAGUGCUGUCUGCAUUCAGCGUUGUUGGAGCUUUGCUCAGUGUCAUUUUUGCCUUCCUGCCUACGCAUGACCCAGUUAUGGAGCUUAUGAAAGAGCAAUUUACAGAGGUGAACAGGAAACUGGAUUCCAUUGCGCACAAUAUCGGUGAAUUGAAAAGGGAUGUGAAGUGGAAUGCAUAUGCUAGUGUUUAUGCUAGAGAUGAAAACACUAUUGAGAAUGCAUGGAAGGAAUUUGAAGCAUUUAGAAAAGCAGUGUUGACAGCUGAAACACAGCAGGGGAAGUUGAAGCUAGCAGAAAAAUUUACAGCCUUUUUUGAACAUUCUGCUACAGCCAACAGUAUUGAAAAUUUCUAUCGGUAUCUUACACACAAGCAUUUAUCUCUCACCGAAAACAUAUUGAAGUUGGUUAAUCAGAAAUUUAAAAGGGAUUUGAAGACUAUACUGAACUUUUCAUCUUAUUUUACAUCCCUGAUGAUUAAAGGCUUCCAACUCCAGCUCUAUUACAGUGGUUUGAAAGGAUAUGAUGGUGUCGCCAAGUCCAAGGAAGUUGUGGAAAAGUUCUCUGACGUGAUUCGUGCUGUGCAAGAAGCAGCUGAGGACUGUGUGUUUAAUUUUGCUGAGCAAGCACAAGCAGAUGUUCGAGAGAUUGCUUUGGAAAAGUGGACAAGCAACAAGGACAUGGCUUCUCAGAUUCAGAGCCACCUAAACAAAAAGUUUGACUGGUACGAAUGGAUUGUUAUUGUGCAUGACCAAACAGAGUUUCACACCCAAUACAGGCCAACUGUUGUACUCAGAAACGUUCAAAACAAAGGUGAUGUGAUCGUCUUCCACCGGGAGAAGGGAGCUAAAGUUAACGAGCAAAUGAAAACACAAAUUAAGAACAAGAUAGAACAAAAGGCAUGGAUGGACUUCCCAUGGAUCAAGAAUCAUUAUUUUGAAAUCAUGAAUACAUUUAACAAUGAAGAAAUGAAUAAUAUUGCAGGGUUUUAUGCAGUGUGUAAUGUCAAAGAUUACCAACAAACAGAAAACAGUGCAACGUUAAAACAUUCUAACAUUCUAACAAACAUUUUCAGUGUCAGUGUCCAUUUAGGGUUUGUUUUAAAGGGCAGAGAUGAAGUAGAAAACCCUCCUUGCAGGAGACCUGUAUGUAUUAACGGGAAAUGCAAGCCCAUUCCUGACACAGCAGGAGACAUUUGCAUGUGCACUAAUAAUUACUAUGGUCUGACUUGCAAAAACAAUAUCCUGGAUGACUUUAACUGGGAAACCAUUAAAAAGGAUACAGAUAACUUUGUCAUCUAUCCAGUUCCAGACAUGACUUCCAUAUUCUUUAGCAUCCAGGAUUUGAAAAAUUUCACAAACAGUUUGGCCCUCAUCAUGCAGUCUCACAUUGAGUGGGGGAUUGUUGUUUCCAAGUACAGCAAUAUUAUCUUGAAACUCCAGUUUAUGAAUAAUUGUUAUCAAGAAUUGGAAGAAGGAAAGAUUAAUGAAUAUGACUAUAAAGUAGAACUUAGUAAACAUUUACAGUCCACGUCAUACAAGUAUCUUUCAGAUACCUAUCAUAAAAUGAUGACAGGCACCAGUCUUUUGGAUACCAACAAUAUCUUAGAUUCUUAUCGAAACACCCUGAAAGAUGAACCUUGCAGUGAAGGUUAUAGCCAGAAAAUUGACUUCUUCUUGAAGUACAUGUUUGCUUUUCAGGAACAAUUCUAUUUGGCAUGGUUAAAAUACUUAAUACUCACAGAGCAGUCUCAUAAACUUCCACAAGAAAAGAACGAAUUCACCGACUGGGUCUCCACACAGUGGAGGCUGUACAACUCCAAUGGCUGUGGUCCUCUUGGAGCAAACUUGCUUUCCAACAGAUUUUGUACCUCAGCCCACCACAGCAGGAGCUCUCUGAAAGUGACAGUGACUUGUGAGAACUCUUACAAACCCUUUCCAGAAUCUGUCACGUGCAACAAGAAUUCUUGGAGCGUUCCGCCUGUUUGCUAUAUCCAUCCCACGAAUGGGAGAGUCACAUGUGAAACAAGCAGUAGUGGAACAACAACAACAAUAAACUGCACAGCAUCUUGUCAUUCUGGCUGGACAACGCCCACGGGCCUUACUGAACAAACCUUCUUAUGUGCCAAGCAGCCGUGCCCUCAGUUCACACCGUCUAAUUGUACAGGCUGCAGAAGUCACUCGACUUGCGAACCACAUGAAGUCUGUAAUUUGAGCAGGCACACCUGUGAGCCCGCCUGCAGUUCUGGAGGGUUCAGGUGCGGACGAAAUGCUGAAUGUAGCACAGCUAACCAUGUUCCAAAGUGUUCGUGUAAGGCUGGCUGGUUUGAACUCAUCGCAGGGAGGGGUUGUGUCUACAGACCUCUGAAGUGGGUGGCCACCAAUAACAUCCCAUCUGAUGCAGUUCACGGAGGCUGGGAUGGAAAAUCUAAAAUUAACUACUAUGUGUGUCGUGCACAAGCCGUUGAUAAAGCAUGGCAUGGCGGGAAGCUUUUUUAUUACGGACAGCAGAAAAAGUUUGUUUGUUCUUAUGAAUACGGAGGAAGGGAGAUAUUUGCUUCAGUGUAUCAGGCUCUUCUGUAUCCCUGUCCAGGAAAUAAAGGUGUAGAAUGGGCAGACGGAGUUCACAGAGAAUCCAUAAUAACUGGAAAAGCAGCCCAGUGGAACGUAAACUACUAUGUGUGCAGAUAUGCAAGGAUGAAGCCGAUGGGCGACAAUGAGACAUCCUAUAUACUACAUUUGCACGGGGAAUUGGGGAACUACUGCACAGCCAUACCCACACACAGCCUUUCCUAUAAAAGCCAUACGGAAUGACAAGGGGGUGUCUGUUCAGACCCUCACAAUUCAUUGAAAGGGUUAAAAGUGGAGAAAAUGUCAUAAAAAGAAGCGAGUGGAGAGAGGCUACAGGUUCAAGCACGCAAGUCUUCACUCAUGCUCCGGAGAUAGAUGUGCUUCUCACCAGUUAUGCUUCUCAAAGCAUUCUGCACCCUUAUCUAUAGAAAAACUACUUGGUGAUGUGCGAAAGGAAGGCAGUGGCUCCUCUGUCCCAGAUCUGAGAAUCCUCAGCAGGUUUGUCAGAGAAGGGCACUUCAGAGUGAUUGCAGACAAAGAUGCUCUGGAAUUUGUGUAGUCUUGUCUGGUCACUUUGGUGGAUUUAAAUGAUGCUUAUGUCACAGAGUGACAAAGGGUUUCAUGCAGCAGGUUUCACAGUCCAUAUUGACUAUAAGUAUGCAUA